GCCCAGUGCGCAUGCUUGUACCUUCUGCGGAUAAUGUGCUCUAGUGCUUGAGGUUUUAUACUUUUCCAUCAAUUUCCAACCACAAUUUCCGCAUAAAUGUACAUUAAGGAGUCCAGGAGAAGAGUCCUCAAUCCCAACUGUGAUUAUCCGAAGAAGAAUGUCCACAAUGUGGCGGAGAAGUGGUCCGUUGUGGGACUCCUGAUGAUCUUCAUCUGCUGGCAAAUCUCCCUGACAAUCUAUCAAUGGAGCCCCGCUGAGGGCAGUCUCUCAGAACAGGUGCGUGAGAGCUUGAGAGUCCUAAAUGAGCGCCUGCGGAACAAGGAAAUCAACACAACGCUUGAUUUCCUCAAGGAAGAGAUCUCCAGGAUCGAGAAAAAUGCCCACAAAGAGCAGAGAAUCACUGCUGAAACUGCAAUAGUGUCUGGAUCGUAUCAUAGACAGCAUUCGACGAGAGUUUAUCACAAUAUUGAGGCCGUAUCAGUGAAAAUAGAUGGAGAAAGUAGGAAUUCCUUCCUUGUCGUCUUCGGGAGUGAACAGAUAUUAUAUGAUUCCACUUUGAAGAGUGGUCACGAGGCGGCAAAUCUGUGCGCAGCACUGGAAAUAUUGCGAUCUCUUACUCAAAGUGAGAAGAAGCCUAAAAAUUCCCUCAUCUUCCUCUUCGGCGGCCUCCAGGAAUUCCUAAGCGAGGAGAAAACACAUCUCUGGAAGAAAGAUAUUCGUGGAGCGGUGUUUAUUCCUCAUCUUGGUGCCGAUGGUCGACAUACAGUGCAAUUCACUGAACAGGAUUCGCACUACUUAGUCAAUUCUUAUGCUAAAGGCACUCCUGGCGCCAGCACUCAAGCUGCCCUGGAGGACUUUGCUCACCUGACAGGCCUUGCACGGGACUACGGUCUCAGGUUUUCAUCGGAGAAGCUCAAAGUCCCUGCCAUGAGCUUCAUUCCGCAGGAAGAAUUCUUCCACAGCACAAAAUUCGAUUCCGUCAAUUCAGUCUCCUCGUCCGGACUCCAGAGGCUGGCCAGGAGCGUCCUGGCGCUCCUCAGGGAUCUCUCCAUGUUGCCUCGAGUGGAAUUCCAGUCGCCAGGGAUUUACUUCGACUUCCUGGGCGUCACUGUGAUGCACAUCAGUCGCCCUUUGGCUGCUUUCUUCGUCCUCCUAAUCGCCAUCCUGGCUGUGGCAGUGCCGUUCGCCUCCCUUGCGCACUCCACGAGGGAUUUCCACGCGAGAUUCAUCUGGAUUGAAGCACUGUCGACUUUUAUCUCCGCCACGAUGGCCGUCUUCGUAACAGCAACUGUGAUCUACGCGAUCGCGGUGAAUCUGGACGCUAGCGGGAAACCGAUGUCCUGGUACGGAAGCCACUGGCUUUCUCUGGGCCUCUACAGUGUCCCCACACUGGCUCUCCUCUGCUUCAUCCACAUCCGCAAGGCGAAUCCCGAGGCGCCCAUCAGUCUUGGCCUGAGAGUUCAGAGCGCUCUGCUCGGCAUCAAUAUCGCAUGGAUUGUGGUCACCGCGGGACUUCUGAUCAGCGGCUACAGACUCUUCUACCUGCCCACAAUCCUCCUGGCGCUCUCUUUGAUCCCAACAAUCGCAAUUUGGCUGUUCAAUCUUCAAAAUACAGUAAAUCUGUGGCUGUACGUCCACCUCGCUGGCCAAAUGAUCAUCAUGACGUGGACCAGUUUUGUCUACCACACCACAAUUCACAUGCUAAUCCCAAGGACUGCCACUCUCGGAGCCACGCUCAAUCCGGACUUGGCCAUUGGAGCCGUUUGCGCCACUUUCACAUUCUUCACCACCAGCUACAUGGUGCCCUUGACGCUGCUGCUACCCCAGCGGAAGCACCUGGUUUACGGCCUGAUGGGGACUUUUCUCGUCUUUCGUCUCAUCCUGGCCAACAGUGGACUUGAGUUUCCCUACAGAGACGUCUCACAUUCGCCGCCGAAGCCUCAGAGACUCAUCUUGAUGCACACUUUGAGAACAUUCUACGAUACUGGCGGCAGAAUCAGGUACACAGAUUCGGGAUUCUGGAUGCAGGAGCUGGACAGGAACUCCAGAAAGACUCUGGAGAGUCUCUCAGCACCUGGAAUGCCAAUUCCACAAAACGACGCUGAUCUCUGCGCCAUCGAUGUCGCCUGUGGCCUUCCUUUCCACCACGAGGAUCAGCUGAAAACAGGAGGAUUCUGGCUUCCAGCAUCCGGACCUCUGAUUCGGGAUCACACACACCUGAAGCUGGAGUCCAGAAAGGUUGUCACUCCUGUUGUGCAUCAGCUGGACUUGUCGCUGAUCCCCAAGAGAGAAAUGGCUUUAAUGAUUCGCCCGAGGGCGAAUGUCUCUCUGAUCCAGUGGACUUUCAGCCGGGAAAUUCCGCCCAUGAGAGACUUUAUCAGUGACAAAAGUCACUUUGUCACCGUUGAGAGUAGUUUUCCCGGGAAUACGCUCAAUUUCACGCUCACACUGAAGAUCGCAGAAGGUUCUGCACCAGAAGUCCUCCUGGACAUCCUUUUGGUGGCCAUAUUCAGGAAUCUCUCGGCUGAAUUUACACCCACAUUCACGAACAUGCUCGUGAAGAUUCCGCCCUGGGCAUCGGCGUCAGCCGCCUUGGCCACAGUUAAGAGUUACACAUUUUGAAGAGAAU